AUGGCUUCGAAGGCCAUGUGGGAGGUUGAUCCCGAGACAAGAUCCAAACUUGUCUCGAUCCAGCAAGAAAACAAGAACAACCUAUGCUGCGACUGCGGGGCGCCGUCGCCGCAGUGGGCGUCGCCCAAGUUUGGCAUCUUCAUCUGCCUGUCGUGCGCGGGCGUGCACCGGGGUUUGGGGGUGCACAUCUCGUUUGUGCGUUCUAUCUCGAUGGACGCGUUCAAAUCGGCCGAGAUUGAGCGCAUGCGGCUAGGCGGCAACGAGAACUGGCGCCGCUUCUUCGAGAACCACCCGGACACGAGGAUGCGCGGGCUCAGCUGGGACGACGCUACCAUCGCCGAGCGCUACGGCGGUGAGGCCGGGGAGGAGUGGAAGGAGCGGCUCAGCGCAAAGGUCGAGGGCCGCGAGUACGUCCCUGCAGACGCGAAGAAGAAGAAGGAGGAAGGAAUCGUGCCCAAGAGCGCGAGUCCCGCGCCGAGUUCAACGGCCCCGACGCGCAGCGGGCCCCGCGCCAAUACUAGCACCCCGCUGAGCGGCAGCGCGACGGGCAGUAGGACGGCGAGUCCCGGGCCAGGAGGCAAGAUCAAGGUGGAUGUGGACUACUUUGCGAAGCUGGGCGAGCGGAACGCACAGAGGCCGGAUGACUUGCCCCCCAGCCAGGGAGGCAAGUACAGCGGGUUUGGCAGCUCGGCGCCGCGGCCGCAGCGGGAGGAGCAGACGGCUUUGCCCAAGCUGGAGGAUUUGCAAAGAGACCCCGUGGCGGCGAUAAGUAAAGGCUUUGGGUGGUUCGCAUCGACGGUUACCAAGACAGCCAAAACGGUGAAUGAGGGGUUCAUACAGCCGACGGCGAAACAGAUAGCCGAUUCCGAGCUGGCUGCCCAAGCCCGCAUCGCAGCGGCCCAGGCCGCGCGGUCAGCGCAAGCGGGCGCGAGGUCGGCUCAGGAAGGGCUCAGCCGCUUCGUUGAAGGGCCGGCUGGCAGCGGCUAUAAGCCGGUAAGCACCGGCAGCGGCAGCGGCAGCAGCAAUUUUGACGAGAGCAAGCGGGCGUUCUGGGACGACUUUGCUGCCGCCGCAGACCAAAGGAAAGCCUCGGGCAGCUCUAUAGGCACGUCGGCCAUGGGCAAGGGCGGUAGCAAUAAGCAGGGACCGCCAGCGAAGAAUACCAAGGACGAGUGGGAUGACUGGUGA